AUGCCGGUGCGGCAGGCAGGCUACCGUUUCGUGAAGAUGGGUUGUGAAAGCUUCGAGUUUUCGGUCGGUUUUGUCGUUGGAGGUAUCUUUUCUGGUGCCCUGAUACGAAGAGAGUUGAAGAUGGAGGCGAUUGUCGCUUCGGUCGACGGCAUUAAAUUCGAUGUCGAAACGCAAAUCGAAGUUCAAGUGGGAAUUCAAGCCUUGGCAUUUCCGGGAAUGGAUAAAACGGUAUCUCCGAUCUGUCUGAAGUUCUUUCAGCGGAAAUGUUCGUUUGGGGCUGUUUGUCCAUAUCGCCAUAUCAUUGGCGAAAAGACCGUUGUGUGCAAGCAUUGGCUUCGUGGUUUAUGCAAGAAGGGGGAUGACUGUGAAUUUCUGCACGAGUUCGAUAUGACGAAAAUGCCCGAGUGCUAUUUUUAUUCGCGGUUUAAUGCUUGCCACAACAAAGAGUGUCCAUUUUUGCAUAUUGAUCCGGAGACUAAGAUACGAGACUGUCCUUGGUAUGACAGAGGAUUUUGCCGACAUGGACCAAUAUGCCGCCAUCGCCACACAAGACGCGUGAUGUGCACGAAUUACCUAGCGGGAUUUUGUCCUGACGGCGCCAAUUGUAAACAUGUUCACCCUACCUUCGACUUACCGUCCGCCGAAGAAUUCAACCAAACGAAACCGAAGAAAGGGACCUUCCUGUGUCAUAAUUGUCACGAACCUGGUCACAAGAUAAUGCAGUGCCCGAAGUUGAGUACAGAAGAUAAGGAAGCGUUGCUGAAGAGUUACGCUGUCAAUGGACAUAUGCCUGUUUGGGCCGCAACCAGCGGACUCAUGAACAUGCACGAAUCCGGUUUCGGUAGACAUUUCAGGCGUGGAGGUGGUGAUGGACCGUCCAGCAGACCCUUGGAGGAGGUCAUUUGCUUCAAGACGCAGGCUGCUUGUUUGUUUCGCGAGUGUCCACAAUGUUCGCUAUGUGCCGGGAUGUUCACCCGGCCACAGGAAUCGAACAUGCGCUUUCCAUCCGCGCCUGAGAAAAACCUCGUUGUAGGAGGAGUGAAUUACGUUCGAGUCUAUCGGCUUGUUGCUGUUGGUAACCCACACGAGGGUUAUUCAGAUGAUGCAGAAGUAGAGGCACUUUAUUCUUUGCCAAAGGCAAAACUGGAAUGUGCCGCUGCUUUUUCUGUUCACGGCACAAUAGCUGAUAUGAAAGCUGUGCGACUCGCAGGAUCCAUUCGAGAUGCACUAGUUCUGUGUUUCCGGGAUGCUAAGGUAUCGGUGGUCGAGUACGAUCCGUAUUCACACAGUUUGAAAACGAUAUCCUUACAUUACUUUGAAGAAGAAGCUGCUGCCGGUGGAUGGACGGAUAAUUAUUUUGUGCCUACAGUGUCAAUCGAUCCGGAAGGUAGAGCGGCUGCCAUAUCAUUUUUCGGAUCCAAAAUAGCAAUUAUCCCGUUUAGAAGAGAAGCAGUUGGAGGUGGAGGAACGGGAACUUCUGGACCUGAAGGUGACGGUCAAGCAAAUGAGGAGAUUCCGUCGCCGGUGAUGACGAGUUAUGUGAUUGACUUGAAGUCGAUCGAUCCAAAAAUUGAUGCUGUGAUUGAUGCCAAGUUUCUGCAUGGGUAUUACGAACCCACGUUGCUGGUUUUAUUUGAGCCUCUGCGCACAUUCAGUGGCCGAGUAAUGUUGCGUCCGGACACCUGUUCGAUGAUAGCCAUGAGCUUGAAUACCGCCGACGGGUCUCAUCCCGUCAUCUGGUCAGUGGCUGGACUACCUUUCGACUGUUCCCAAGCAGUGCCCAUAGCUCGACCGAUCGGAGGCUGCCUCGUGAUCGCCGUCAACUGUUUGAUAUACCUCAACCAGUCCAUGCCUCCUUACGGCGUGGCCGUGAAUUGCAUCCCAGCAACGACGACUAGUUUCCCGCUGAAACCGCUGAGUCAAGAAGGAGUCAGUUUGACAUUCGACUGUGCACGGGUUGCUGUUGUAAAGGAGCCCGACGUGAUGGUGGUUAGUGUGGCCAGUGGAGACAUUUGGGUGUUGACUCUCGUGUCGGAUGGAAUGCUGUCCGUGCGUGGAUUCCACUUGGACAAAGCUGCCACGGCGGUGAUGGCGACUUGCGUUUCUCCCGUGGAAGACGGAUAUUUAUUCCUUGGUUCGCGACUGGGAAACUCGCAGUUGCUUCGAUACAUGCCACGAGAUCAGGUUCGAUUAGAUAUCGUGAAAAAAGAGGAGGACAAAAAGAACAAGGGCUCCAAAGAAGACGAAGAAGUUGUGCCUUCGAAGAAAAAGCGAAAGAAGGAAAAGGAGAAAUCGGAUGCAUUAGCUGAUUGGCUGGCCACAGGAGUGGAGGAAUUAGAUAAUGAAAUCGAAAUAUACGGAACAACUGAAGACGUGGAAACCGUGGUCGAGAAUGGAGAAACUGAUGGAAAAAAACUUUCUGUCUCUAAGAAAACGAUCACGGAACAGAUUUCGAACAUCGCCACGUUUGCUGCCCCUGCGGCGGCCAGCAAGAUCGUUCAUUACAUUUUCGAGUCCUGUGACAGUUUAUUAAACAUUGGUCCUUGCGGGAAAAUGUCCUUGGGUCAACCAGCGUUUUUGCCGCAAGAAUUCUGGUCGAACGAACGUAUAGACUUGGAUCUGCUUUUGACUUCAGGUUUUGGCAAAGGAGGCUCUCUGUCAAUCGUCCAUCGUUCCAUACGACCUCAGCUCAUCACGACUUUUCCCUUGCCGGGCUGCGUUGAUAUGUGGACCGUGGUUGGUGAGAAAGGCAGUGGAGUCCACGAUUUCUUGAUCCUCAGUUGUACCAAUACGACUAUGGUACUGGAGACCGGGGAGGAAUUGAAUGAAGUGGAGUCCGGUGGUUUCAUUCUGGAUAAACCCACGGUUUAUGCGUGUAACUUGGGAAAUAAUCGGUUCAUUGUUCAGGUGACAGCAUUUUCGAUGGUUCUUCUGAAAGGGAAAGAACUGGUUCAUUUGGCACCUGUAGAUGUGAAAAAUCCUGUGAUUCUUGCCCGAGUUGCUGAUCCGUAUGUGGUGCUUCUUGGAGCCGGUGGUGAAGUGAAAUUAGCGAAACUUGUGGAACCUAAGGGCAAAGCGUACAUGGAUAUAGUUUCCGCGCUUCCCAUUCAACAGUCCCGCGCUGUUGCAAUGUCAACCUACACUGACUAUAGCGGGAUGUUCGCUGCUGCCGGCCCACAUGGUGUUCCUGGGGUAACGGCAAACCUUGUCGAUGAUUUGGUGUCGGAUGGAACCGUGGCUGAUGCAACCGACGCUGGAGCCGGAGCUGGAACUGGCUUAGGGUUGGAUAAGGACGCUAUUGACGAAGACGAAUUGCUGUAUGGAGAAUCUGAUGCUUCUUUGUUGAGUGCAUUUUCGAAUAGGGAUAGCGACCAGUUACCCGGGAUGGAAAAGUUCAAAGACGCCAGGAAACCGGGAUCAACCUUGAGGCCGACCGGAAAUGCCCCUUUGGUUACGCAAUGGGUGUUUCUAGCUCGUCAGAACGGAAAUCUGGAAAUCUAUUCUUUACCGGAUUUUUCGAUGAAGUUCUUGGCUCGUGGAUUCUCGCUUGGACCUUACGUAUUGACCAAUUCGAUGACGGACACGUGGGUGGAAUCCAGGGUGCACGACGUUCCCAUUACGAAGGAAAUAUUGGUGGUCGGCUUAGGAUCGACGAAGACCUGUAGAGGAAAUGCGUCUUUGAAACCCAUGUUGUUCGCUUUCGUGGGAGAAGAUCUGUUGAUUUUUGAGGCAUUUCCAUUUUUUGAGGGGAAGAGUUUGGACGACCCUUACAUCAAAGUAAGAUUCAGGAAGAUAGAACAUGAUUACAUUGUUCGAGCCAAUCUUGCUAUGCGACCGGUGGUGAAGCAAGAAAAAGGCACGUACUCCUCAUCGAAACUUGUGCAUUUUUCCGAAAUUGGUUCGCCAGCGAGUUUUUCUGGGGUGUUCGUUGCUGGGUCGUAUCCGCAUUGGGCAAUGAUGGGUCAACGUGGCGACCUCAAAGUUCAUCCCAUGAACAUCGACGGACCGGUCACAUGUUUCGCCCCCUUUGACAACAUCAAUUGCCCCAAGGGGUUCCUGUAUUUCAACGGGAACCAGGAAAUGAGAAUUUGUUUAUUGCCGUCACAGUUCAAUUAUGAUACCGUGUGGCCUACGAGAAAGGUCCCGUUGAAGUGCACGCCGCGGUUUUUGGCGUACCACGUGGAAACAAAAACAUACGCUGUGGCCACGUCAACGGAAACGGAAUCGAAUCAAAUGUACCGUUUCAAUGGCGAAGACAAGGAAUCUGUGAUUGAGAGCCGACCUGAGAAUUUCCCGUUGCCGUACGUAACCUCGUUCGCCAUUCAACUAUUCUCUCCCGUCUCUUGGGACGUGGUUCCCGACACGAAGGUGGACAUGGAUGAGUACGAGCACGUGACGGAUAUGAAAAACGUGGCUUUGAUUUACGAAGGCGCCGCCAGUGGUCUGAAGAAGGGACCAGUGACUGCAAUCGCUGCCGUGCAAGGCCUUCUGGUGUCUGCGAUCGGCCAGAAAAUUUAUCUAUGGCAAUUGAAAGACGCGGAUUUGGUAGGAAUCGCUUUCAUCGACACCCAAAUUUACACACAUCAGCUAUUGUGCUUGAAGAACUUCAUUCUCGUCGGGGAUAUGUUCAAGUCCAUAACGCUCUUGCAGUACCAAGAAAGUCAUCGGACGAUCUGCGUGAUUGGACGGGAUAUGACUCCGCUGGAAGUUUUCGGAGCCGAGUUUGCCGUUUGCGAUAAAGCACUGGGAUUCGUUGUGACUGACAGGAAUCGUAAUUUAUCUAUUUACGGCUAUCAUCCGGAAGCCAGAGAAACCAGUGGAGUGCCGAGGCUUGUCAGAAGGGCGGACUUCCACUUGGGAAGCAACGUGAACCAUAUGCUGAGGAUCAAGGCUAAAGUCAUGGACCCUAGUGGUUGCCUGAGACCACCGAAGUUCGGUGACAGACGACAAGUCACUUGGUACUGCACAUUGGACGGGAGUAUCGGUUGGGUCCUACCGUUGCAUGAAGUGCAAUACAGGGUUCUAAUGAGCAUCCAGAACGUACUUCACACUUUCAUGCCACACAUGGCCGGGUUGAAUCCCAAGAGCCAUCGAAUUCAUCGAUUGGCGGGAAGACGGGGUCCUGCGGGCAUUGUGAAUCCGGCAAAGAACAUUGUGGACGGCAACGUGGUGUUCAAGUAUUUGCACUUGCCUUUGACGGAGAAAUUGGAGGUGACGAAGAGGACCGGAUUGACCAUUGAUGAGAUCACGGAUGUUCUGUUGGAGUGUUCGCGGGUCACGGAUCUUUUCUGAAGAAUAUUGCUUUCUUGUGAGGGUGGACAGAGGAUGCGUUGAUUUGCUGUUUUGUAUCGUUCUUUGUGGUAAUGCAAGUUUGGAAAAAAGUUUGCAACUGCUACGGCUGUAUAAA